UGCCAUGCUUAUGAACAUUGGGGCGCUGGAGAGCGUGAAGCUGUGGCCCUGCGAGUGCCUCAUCUUCCACGACAUCGACCUGCUGCCUGAAGACGACCGCAACUUGUACGCCUGUCGUGAGCAACCUCUGCAUCUGAGCGCAGCCUACAACACAUUCAACUACAAGCUACUAUACGAAGACUUCUUUGGUGGCGUGAACGCAAUCUCAGUGGGACACUUCCAGCGAGUGAACGGCUUCAGCAACAAGUUCUGGGGCUGGGGCGCAGAAGAUGAUGAUUUGGCCAACCGAAUUAAAUACCACGGGCUGUCCAUCUCCCGCAACCCCGCCAACAUCUCGCGCUACACUAUGAUCAGGCACGAGAAGGAGAAACCCAAUCCUCACAGGGUUGAAACGCUGCGCUCGGGCCAGAACAGCUACACCUCAGAUGGACUCAAUUCGCUGCAGUACCGCGUGCUGGACGUACAGCCGCGCCGACUGUACACCUGGAUCUACGUUGAGCUCAUGAAAGUAUAACGGCUGUCCUCAAAUGUUGAGUGGGGCCUUUUUCCUAGUAUAACUUCAUUUAUUUUUUUUAGUUGAGCAUUAAUUGUAAUUUGUUAUGAGAACAGGUCAGCUGGACAUGUCGCUGUGAUGACAUAAAUUUUGUUUCAAUAUUACGUCAUU